UCUAGUAGACCUGGGCGACUUCAAGGCCUUCCUCAGCCAAGUCGCAAAGGUCCGCUACGAAAACGAGAUCAUUAAGCGCCUCAUUAUCAAGAUCCGGAAAGUGGUCAACGAGGCAGAGGAUCUUGUGGACAAAUAUGUGGUGGCCGCCAAAUCCCACUACCUCAAGAAAUCGGUACGGUGUCUGGAUUUCAAACACCAGGGUCGAAAACUGAGAGUGGCCAAAGAUAUUCAGACGGUUCUUAGCACCAUUAAAACGAUCCAAGAUGAUCAGGUUUAUAAGAAUGUUCUCCGAGGUGAAGCGUUAGCCAACACAGAAGACAAGCCGAGUGAGGCUCCUCUUGUGGAGGAAGAGCAUGUAGUGGGAUUUAAUGAGGAGGCUAAUGCUAUAAUCCAUCGUCUCAUUCGCGGAUCAGAAAAGCAUGAAGUUAUCUCGAUUGUGGGUAUGCCAGGACUUGGCAAGACCACUUUGGCCAACAAAGUGUUCAAAGAUGCAAAAGUUAAAGAUUACUUCUUCAAUUGUGCUUGGGUUUAUGUUUCCAAAGUCUGCACAAGAAAAAAUAUUUUUUUACAACUCUUUACGGAGUUAAUCAAGAACUCCAAGAGUCUUCCUGAUAACAUGAAUAAUCAAGAUUCAGGUCGCAUGUCUGAUAAAGAUAUAUUGGAGAAAAUAAAAGGAAUUUUGGGAUCAAACAACUAUUUUAUUGUCAUUGAUGAUGUUUGGACAAAAGAACAAUGGAAUGAACUCAAAACUGCUUUCCCCAAGAACAAAGGAAGCAGGGUAUUGGUUUCUACCAGGGAUAACGUUGUGGCUAGGCUUGCCGAUUCUAAGCGCAACCCUCAUACCCUAAAAUUUUUAACUGAGGAUGAAAGUUGGGAACUACUUCAGAAGCAGGUAUAUGGAGAGGAAAGCUGUCCCGAUAAGUUUAAAGAGCUGCAUGGGAGAAGCAUUGCUAAAAACAGUGAUGGAUUGCCACUGGCAAUAUUGACAAUGGCUGAUAAACUAAAGACAUCUGCUGCAUGGGACCAAGUAGCAGAGGCCAAGACUGACUUCUUCAAAACAGAAUUAAAUAGUCAUGAGGACCUCAUACGGGUAAGUUACAAUCCGUUGCCUUAUGACCUGAAGAGUUGCUUCCUUUAUUUUGGGGCUUUUCCUAAAGGAUAUGAGAUUUCAUCUGAAAAACUCAUUAGAUUGUGGAUUGCUGAGGGUUUCAUUGGGGAAGAGGCAGGAGGUUUAACCUUGGAGGAGACAGCCCAAGAAAAAUUGAGUAUUCUUGUCAAUAAGAAUUUAGUGAUGGCAACACAGACAAAGCUAAAUGGACAACCCAAAACUUGUCGUGUUCAUAACAUGUUGCAUGAGUUUUGCAAGAAUGAGAUCAAAGAUGAGAAUAUAUUUGAAGAAAAUAUCAACCAGAUCCAGACCAAGCAACUAGAAAGUUGUCGUCGACUUGGGGUCCAGUGUGAUGUUGCAGAGUUCUUCUCUACGUGUCAGGCAGCUGAAAAGGUCCGCUCUUUGUUAUGCUUCUACUCAGAUAAAUAUGAACUGCCUGAAGACAAAGUUCCACUCAUUCGCAAGGCAUUUCCACUGCUAAGGGUGUUGCACACUAUACCAGGUGAAUACAUCAUUUUGACACGUUUUCCUAAAAAUGUGGCAAAAUUCCAAUUAUUUCAUUUAAGGUACAUUGCAAUAUCAACUACCCUCAACAUCCUUCCUCAAGCCAUUGAUAGCCUGUGGAACAUGCAAACUCUUAUAGUUUGGACAACACAGAGCACCCUCUAUAUAAAAGGAGACAUAUGGCAAAUGACACAAUUGAGGCACUUACAAUCAAAUUCACCUGCUCAAUUGCUUCCACCUUCUCCCUCAAAGAAGACCAAGAAACUUCCUUCUGUAAAUAGAAACUUGCAAACACUUUCGAGGAUUUCACCUGAAAGCUGCACAGCAGCUGCAUUGGCCAAUGCUCCAAAUUUGAAUAAGUUAGCUAUUCAAGGAAAUUUGGUUAAACUUUUUGAAACCAACAAGGAUACUGGGUCCAGUUUGUUCAAAAACCUUGGAGAAUUAAAAAAGUUAGAGAAAUUGAAGCUGCUGAAUCAUGGUGGGAAGUUGCAAUGCCUCUCUGAAUUUCCAGGAAAGAUUAGGAAGCUGACCUUGUCCAAUACCCAGCUUGAAUGGAGCGAAUUGUCUGUAUUGGAAUCACUGGAUCAGCUUGAAAUUCUGAAAUUGAUUGAAAAUGCAUUCAAAGGACAUGAGUGGGCGCCAUCCAGAGACGGUUUUUCUCGUCUCCAAUUCUUGAGAAUUGAUGAGACAGAUUUGGAGUCAUUGAAGGCUUCUAACCUCCACUUCCCAUUACUAAAGACUCUCAUUCUUAGACAAUGCCUUAUGCUCGUGGAAGUCCCACCUAGCUUCGCAGACAUAGACAGUCUUCAAGAGAUGGAACUGAAUCAUACCAACUCAGGUGCUGAACAGUCAGCUCAGAGCAUUUUUCAGAUAAAACAAAAGAAAGAGAAGGAACUAAAGGAGAAAGGAGGAAGCCCCCAGAGAUUCAACCUCCGUAUCAUUACUGAAAGCUCCAAUUGAUGCAGCAAACUGGCAUCUAGAUGAUCUUUUGAGUUGUGCAGGUGAACCAUAUUGGUCUCUCUCAGAUGGUGGGUUUGUGAAGGGCAUGAACUGAGCAUCUUUGUAUGCUCUAUGCACUUGAGAUCUUAAGAUUCUGGCGUGGUCUACCCAAUAAUGCUGCACUAUCUUUUCCAACAUCCAUAUUUAAACCAAUA